GAUACCCUUGUUUUUUAUCUGAUAUUUUAUUUUCAACUGUGGUAUCUCUGCAGGAGUGAUUUGCGGAACUAUGUUAUCCAAAUACGAUGAAUUAAAUUGUCAGAAACUAACACUUCAGUUAGUAAAACAAUGAUAUGUCCAUCUUUGUUACUCAGAUAAGGGAAAAGGUUACUGAGCGUUGUGACUCCGACAGUGUGAAGAGGAGGGUCACUUGAAAUUAUGUCAAAAGUUUCUGAAAACUGCCUUUGUCCAUUUUCAGAUUUGCUUUCAGCUAUAUACACAACCUUUUAUAAACACAUGAUACUUGAAAACUUGAACGAUUGCUGAAAAUAUUGCCAAUUUUAAUUUAUUUUUUUUAUGAUAAAAGUUGAUUAUAAAUGCUCGGCCGAUUAAAAAUCAUAAGAAGAAUGGGGACAGUAACUGAUAAUCUUCUGGAAGUUCUGACAAAGAGAGAUGAAAUAUAUAAAUCAGCAAGUGCAGAAAAGCGAGCUGUCAAUGUACCCAGAUUAGUGGCUGUGUCUAAAACUAAACCCGUUGAAUUAAUCCUAGAAGCCUAUACAGCAGGCCAGAGAUGUUUCGGGGAGAAUUAUAUUCAGGAGAUAUCUGAGAAGUCCUCUAACCCUGAGCUACUAGAGAAAUGUCCGGAUAUAAAAUGGCAUUUUAUUGGGAACUGUCAGACAAAUAAGGCUAAGACGUUAAUGAGUUGUCCCAAUUUAGCAGUAAUAGAAACUAUUACCUCAGAGAAACUGGCCAGCAAGCUCAAUGCACAGGGAGGGGAAAGGCCUGUGUCUGUGAUGGUUCAGAUAAACACAUCCGGGGAAGAGAAUAAAAAUGGUCUAGAUGUUGCUGGAGGCGUGCAGUGUGCCAAGUUUAUAGUAGAAAACUGUCCGAAACUAAAGCUUAUCGGUCUCAUGACUAUUGGAAACCUCGGGAACAGUAUCCAAGCAAAUGAUAAGGGAGAAAACCCUGAUUUCCUGAAGUUGAUCGAGGUACGGAAAUUGGUGGCGGAAGAAUUGAACCUUGAUGAACACCAGCUGGAGUUGUCUAUGGGAAUGUCAAAUGAUUAUGCUGAAGCUAUCAAGAUGGGAAGCACGAAUAUUAGAGUUGGGAGCAGUAUCUUCGGGGUGAGAAAUGCCAAGAGCAGUCAGGAUUCAGCACAGUCGCAAGCAGAGUCCAAGAUGGAACAGUUAAAAAUAUAAAAUUGAUUUUCAUAAAUAAUUAAAUAAUUGUCACUUGUAAUUAACAUAAUAGUGCCCUUCCGUGUGGAUCCAAUGUUAUAGCAGAUUGUUUUACUUAAAAAG